AUGCUGGUGUUUGUGCUGUGCGCGCUGGCGUUAGGUUGCCUCGCGAGCGCGCAGAAUGAGACGGAGCCCAUCGUGCUGGAGGGAAAAUGUCUGGUCGUGUGCGACUCGAACCCAACUUCUGACCCCACCGGAACAGCGCUCGGGAUUUCCGUGCGCUCUGGAAGCGCUAAAGUCGCAUUCUCCGCUGUCAGGAACACCAACCACGAGCCGUCAGAGAUGAGUAAUCGGACAAUGGUCAUCUACUUUGAUCAGGUUCUCGUGAACGUCGGCAGAAGUUUCGACGAAGAGAGAAGUAAUUUCUUCGCCCCACGAAAAGGGAUUUACAGUUUUAAUUUCCACGUCGUGAAGGUUUAUAACCGUCAAACUAUCCAGGUGAGCCUCAUGCACAAUGGGUGGCCUGUGAUCUCAGCCUUUGCUGGAGACCAGGACGUGACGCGUGAGGCUGCCAGUAAUGGUGUUCUGAUUCAAAUGGAGAAAGGCGAUCGCGCCUACCUCAAGCUGGAGCGGGGCAACCUGAUGGGUGGCUGGAAGUACUCCACCUUCUCUGGCUUCCUGGUCUUCCCUCUGUAGACGAGGGGCUUUCCAUGUAGGGACUAUUGCUCUUCAGCUCACCAGCUUGUGGGACUGUGGCGAUAGAGUGAGAAAGAGAGAUGAUGAUAGGGAGAAGGUGUGUUUGUGUGUG